AUUGUGAAUGGCACUUUGAAAAGAAGCAGGUAGUAAAUAAACUACGCACGUAAAACUGAAGAAAAAAUUGUGAAGACGUGAUUAAAUUAUUGCAACAAACUGCAUAUAAAUAUAGAGCAAAUUCAACACUCAGCUCAAUAGUUCUUUAUCUCAGCAAUAUAAAGGAGCGAACGACGACAUUCUAGUAAAAUACACAAAUAUAAAAUAUUUAACAACUCAACAAAGAUGGAAACCGAGAAAGUUCAGGAGAAAACGAAAACGGCAGCCGAGAAAUUGUCUGAGCGUAAAGCGCGUUUGCGGGAAUUGCACAAACAGCGACAGGAGGCACGUACACAAAAUAAUCACGAAGUGAUUGCUGAGGACGCACGCAAGAAGUUGCCUAACAACUGGGAGGCGCGUAGACGUCAAGCAGAAUGGCUGAUAGCAGAUGAAAAGGCACGUGAGGAAGCCACCCAAGAAGGAAAGGAUUAUGACCGCUUAAAGUUAUUGUCUGUAUCAGCCGUUGAUGCUGAACGUAUUGAAAAGAAGAAACGCAAACAGAAUCCCGAUUUAGGCUUUUCCACAUUUGAGGCGCAAACAGCACGUCAAUACAAUCGUCUGGUAAAGAAUCUACCGCCACGCGAUAUGGCCAAAUAUGAACAACAGAAGGAGGAGUUAGGUGAAGCGUUUUAUGGUGGUCCCAAUACCAUUUUACAAGGUUUGGUGAAGGAUAAAAAAUCGUCAAUCGACAACAUGGCAAAAGAUCUGGAACAACAAAUAGAACGUAGAAAGAAAUAUUCACGCAGACGUACUUACAAUGACGAUGCCGAUGUCGAUUUCAUUAAUGAGCGCAACUCUAAAUUCAACAAGAAACUGCAUCGUUUCUACGGUGAACAUACGGCAGAGAUCAAACAGAAUUUGGAACGUGGCACGGCUAUAUAAGCGUAUACCAUACUUUAAACAAACAAACACUUGCUUUAAACUGCAAUUAGCCAUAGGAAUAAUAACUCUAAGGAUAUCAAUAAAACAAAAAACUUUUGUUGUAUACAAAUAA